UCCGAUUUAGAGAAAUAGAUUUGAACGGUCGUCCAACUCGGAAUUGCAACUUGGCCUCUUUAAAAAAAUAUAUGAAAAAAUAUUGCGGUAAAAAACUCGGGUCUCUUUCUAGAAUUCCGACCUGAAGAUCACGGACGUCAUUAUUUGACCUUGUAUUUUCCCCAGUUGUUUUGAACGCGGCAUCAGUAUGUUCAGAAACUCUAUGCCGCUACUUUCACUUUCUUCCUGUGAGCUGAAGGUGAAGGUGCAUCACCUUGACGAACAUUAAUUAUUCUAGUUAUGCUAUAUAGCGAACUAGCUAUUAUAUUCUGCCCAGUUUUGACAGACACAAGCUAUUUCCCUAGAUGACAAACGGCUUAAAACAAAAAUGGCGGCAGAAGAACCUGAUGUUACUGCGCUAGAGGGAGAAGUCGAGGAGCUUGAAGAUGUAACAGAUGCCAAACCUGACCGAAAGGGAAGAUUCCUCCUCUUUGGAUUUAAGAAGAAUAAGGAUGGCAAGACGCGGGAGCAGGACUACUCCUCUGAAAGCCAUUACAGAAUCGUUUCACCAACAUUCCAGUAUAAGAUGAGCCAUCAGCGAGUGGGCAAGUGCAUCAUAAUCAACAACAAGAACUUUGACGAAAAGACGGGGAUGAAUGUACGCAAUGGCACGGAUCGAGACGCAGGCGAACUGUUUAAGUGCUUUAAGAGCCUGGGCUUCGACGUCUGCAUCUACAACGACCAGACGUGUGAGAAGAUGGAGCGUCUUCUCCGAGAGGCCUCAGAGGAGGACCACAGCGACAGCUCCUGCUUUGCUUGCAUCCUGCUGAGUCACGGUGAGGAGGGUAUGAUCUAUGGCACUGACGGAGCCAUGCCCAUCAAGAGCAUGACCUCACUCUUCAGGGGUGACAUGUGCAAGAGUCUAGUGGGCAAGCCCAAACUCUUCUUCAUCCAGGCUUGUCGAGGUUCUGAGUUCGAUGAUGGCAUACAGACUGAUUCCGGGCCCCCCAAUGAUACCCUGGAAACGGAUGCAAAUCCCAGGCACAAGAUUCCUGUCGAGGCAGAUUUCCUUUUUGCCUACUCCACCGUGCCAGGGUACUAUUCGUGGAGGAACCCUGGGCGCGGCUCCUGGUUUGUCCAGGCACUCUGCAACGUCCUCAAUGAGUUUGGUAAGCAGCUGGAGAUCAUGCAGAUCCUCACACGUGUCAACUACAUGGUAGCCACCAGCUUCGAGUCCUGGUCCGAGGACCCACGUUUCAGCGAGAAGAAGCAGAUCCCCUGCGUGGUCUCCAUGCUGACCAAGGAGCUGUAUUUUAACUGACCGUCAUUGACCACAGACUGACGAGACUAACUAAACCACGCACUAACCGAGUGGUCUCAAAAUUCAGGGUUGAUCCAGGUCCAGCAGGAUGCUGCGCGGUUUGGGAGAGAAUGCCGUUUUGCACGUGUAGCGUAGCUGGGCACAAAACAAGCUCUCCAAAUAAAUUUCUACAGUGGCACGCUGCGUUCAUGUGUUGGUGGUGAUACUUGCCUCUUCAGGUUAUUCCUAGGAAUAAUGAUGUCACAUUUGAUCUGGUUUUUGUCAACAGGCUGUGUGAAAUAUCCAUGUUAUUUUACUGACCCAGGAAAUUUGCUGCCAGUUUUGUAGGGUUGUUAAAAGGUUAGAAAUUAGUUAUAUCUGAAAUCUGUAAUAUCUGAAAAUGUUCUUGUUCAUUUUCCAGCUUGUCCAAAUUUGGACAUGCGUACAAGCAUUUGAUUGAUUGGCCAAGAUCCCAGCUAACAUUAUUUAUGCCUCAGGGCAUUUAUUUUAGUUUUGGAGGGAAGGGGGCAUUUCUUGACAUGAAGUAGAUUUCUAGAGACAUUGGCCAUGUCCGAAAACUGGCUUGCCUACUACUCAAGCUGCAUACUGUGGUACUGAUAGUACUACAUACUAUUUAGAAUGCACUGUUCAGUAAAAAUAAAUGCAGUAAGCUACUCAUAUCAGCAUACUAGCCUCAUCCUACUAAGAAUGCCUAAUCUAAUGCGCAAUUGCGUUGAGUACUGCCAUUAUCAGCUGUUGUCAGACACGUGGGUCUCGAAAGAUGGUUCUCUUACUAAGUAGUGUGCAGCAAAUUCUGCUGGAUGAAAAGCUGAAAUAAGUAUGACAUCUUGGCAUUUUAAAGCGUAAUAAAGUUCACAUAAUAUAAAACUAAACAUUUUUCGCAUACUCAACAUGCCUUCUAUUUAGAACGCAAGUAUGGGUAAUUGGACACUGCCACUGUGUUUAUGAAACACCGUACCUGAACGUUCUACAAGUGUUUGGGGAUUAUUUGCUGACGUUAUACACCCACACGGAAACCAGAUCAAACAUUCCCUGUAAGGAUCCUAGUUGGUUGGGAGAGCCACGUCUCAUUAAGUGUGUAAGGACAUCAGACUAUUAGAGGGGACUUGCUUAUCGCAGCAGCAUAAUAGUUGUCUAAGAAUGUAGGCUACACGGGUCAGUUUAAAAGCACCUUACCUUAUGAAAGAUCACGGCAAUAUGCUGAAUUUCAACUGAAUCAGGAGGGUAGCGGCUGGAAAAUGUACAAUUUAAAUCUUUGGCUAUUUGUCUUAAUGUUUUUAUAAUAUCAUUAAUCCUAACAAGGGAUUAGGUCUCACUCAAAGAGCAAUCACUUGUCAUAUGAUCCCAUGUAACAGAGGUAACAAAGUCAAGUACGAAUAAUUUAACUAUUCAUACCAAGAAUGCACUCCCAGCAGUGACUGUUAAAGAUUACAUUUUACUGUCAUCCUCAGGUUUCUUUGUGAGUGAGAUUUAUUUUUUGUGGAUUUUGAGUUUCACUGGCACAAUUGUCAGGAAAGAGUGCUAAUCUGUUGCAUGAAAAAAAACGUUGUGUGUUUUUUGGUCAAGGGCACAGGAAAUGUUCCAUCAUACCACAAGCAAGGAGGAUUUGAGAUUUUGCCAGUUUAUAUGUACACAUGAAUUCAUUAGGUUGAAGAUGAUGAAGCUUGUCAGUAAACUUUAUCCACUGGAGUCAAUGUAUUUACACUGAGUAUACAAAACAUUAAGAACACCUGCUCUUCCCACGACAUAGACUGACCAGGUGAAAGCUAUGAUCCCUUAGUUAAAUCCACUUCAAUCAGUAUAUAUGAAGGGGAGGAGACGGGCUAAAGAAGAAUUUGUAAGCCUUGAGACAUAGAUUGUGCAUGUGUUCCAUUGAGAGGGUGAAUGGGCAAGACAAAAGAUUUAAGCACCUUUAAACGGGAUAUGGUAUUAGGUGCCUUUGCACCGGUUUGUGUGAAGAACUGCAAAGCUUCUGUUUUUUUUUACAAGAAUGGUCCACCACGCAAAGGACAUCCAGCCAACUUGACGCAACUGUGGGAAGCAUUGGAGUCAAAUGGGCCAGUAUCGCUGUGGAACGCUUUCCACACCUUGUAGAGUCCAUGCCCCAAUAAACUGUUCUGAGGGCAACUCAGUAUUAGUAAGGUGUUCCUAAUGUUUGGUAUACCCAGUAUACAUUAUCAAUAUAUGGCUUAUCAAUGUCUUCUUAUCAAUGGCCAAGGAUAAUUUAACUUUUCUUUUGAAAGACCCCUUUAUGUUGGCCUACAAAUUCACUCAUUUCGUUGCUUGUAAAAUGAUGUAUGCCUGAAUUUGUUUGUCAAAAUGGAGGAAGUCCAUGUGAUAAGUGAACUGAAUCUGGUCUCAAAGCACAAAUGACCACAUUGUUUCACUGUAUAUCAGUGUGGUAAAUUGUCAGUUAUUACCACGGUUAAAGACACCUUGCAUUGUCCUUCAAUUAAAAAAUCUAAUUCAUGAACAUUUUACAUACGUGAAAUGUAUGAAAGUUUAUACAACUGAAACACAAAACGUUUGUUAAAUGUUAUUCUCAUGACAAUUGAUAAAUGGUUUGAGUGUCUAAUAGUCACAUACAUUUGAUCAUUAAUACCUUCAAUUGACAGCACUUUGGUGGCUUUCAAAAGCACACAUACAUAUUUAAGGUCGUCAUGGCAUAUUCAGUGCAUGUUUGUCCCAAAGUCAGAAAUACUCUGUCAUCUGCAGAGGCAGCUAUUACUGGUGGUGACAAGUUAUCAUUCACAUGUCUCAAUUCGCACACUGCAUUCUUCCAAUGUUGCUGCAUCGUUCCAGCGCAAUUUACAGGAUUGCUUCCAUAGUUUGCUAGUCACUUUGGGAAAACAUCCGGUGCUAGCUUUGCUAUUUUCUCCUCCCCCCCAUCUUAGUUUUAUUUGCAUCAGUCUUUUUUUUUUACCUGAUUACACAAUAUUUCUAUGAACCACAAUAGUGAACAGUAUGCUGGCGACCGAGUAGACAUUUUACACAUACCUGUCAAUCACACAGAUGGCACUCUUGAAUCCUCUCGACACAUGAAUCUCUUAUCAGUGAUGUAGUGCCCAUUCUGUAUUGAAAGGAGUGUUAGCUCCACUUGUUUUGGAAUGGAAUUUAAGGGAAAAAUCAUAUUUUUAGAAGUAAUAUUUUUUUAAAUGCUUUCCGGUGUUAAAUGCUAUUGUCCUCAUUAAUAUAUUAUAAAAGAUUUGGAAAAACAAAUAUAUAGUUUAGGGAGACAAAUCCCCCCCCACCCAAAAAAUGUUUUUAUUGUGAAUUUACUAAAUAUUGCCAUACUCUGCAGCCCCCUUUGAAUCUGGGGCAAUACAAUGUUUAAAUUACUUCACAUCAAAUGAAUGCCUUUGUUAACACACUUUUAUUGUAUUAAACAUGAAGAUUCUAUUGUGAAA